AUGGAUAAUCAGACAGAAUUGUUGGUGGGCUUGGUUUGUAGCGAUGAAGAAUUGGUGGAGUACUACGUUCAGUUAAUCACCGAAAUUAAACGAUUUACUUUAAAAGCGAUUUGGUGUCCCGAUACAGAGAGAAGUAUAGAUAUUGCAGCCAAUAAUGAUGUACCAUCCGUGUCGCAUACGGCAUUUCAGCUAAUUUCAAGGAAUGAUAUUAACACGGUUGUCAUCACUGGCCAUGCUGCUCACAGUGCCUUAUUUUGUAUGCAAGCACAAGCUUUGAAGAAGAAAGCAAUAUGUAUCGGUGCAGCUGCACUUUCUGAGCAAACUGCUGAACUGUUGGUGGAAUUUUCGGAGAAGAAUAACACAUUUCUCCAGAUUAUCUAUCCAUUGAAGUAUUCAACGCCUGUAGAACUAAUUAAGGCAAAUAUCGCGGAAAUAGGUUCAAUUCAAAGUAUAAGUGUAGAAGCAACAUUUGAACAACCUCACGAUGCUAAGCAUCGUUUGUACAAUGAAUGCAACACUGUUCUUCAUCAAGUAAGCCAUGAAAUUGUCGAUACUCUGAGUGCAAUCUGCGGUUGCAAUCCAAUACCAAUUGCAACUACAUGUCAUCAACGAAGCACUUUGGUGGAACAUUUUCGGUUGCAAGAAUUGCAAUAUAUGCAUAUGCAGAUUGCAUUUAGUAAUAUAGUUGCAAGCAUUCGAUUUGCUGUAAACACAACCAAAACAUUGGUUUUGCGGAUUAAUGGCGAGUUGGGAUUCUUCCAGUUAGAUCCUCGUAUGCUUGUACUGGAAGGAUGUAAAGAUCAAGGAGUACUGUGGCGUGGUGAUGGUACAAUGGAAAGUAUCAUUCGAACUGGCACUUUGAAAGCCCUAGAAAACUGUGACUGCAAUAAAUUGUCAACGGAUGUCAAUGAACUGAGUCUGGUGCAGUGUGUUUCGAUUUGUCGUUUCAUAUGA